GUGGCCAAAAUUUAUCAUGAAAUGUUUUUCUAUAUUUCUUGCCUCUGGCAUUUAGAAUAUUAAUGCAUUACAAUGUUUAAGCAAACAUUGUAUACAGCCAAGAAUUUGGUGUCAUGCCGUGUCCUCCUCAAAAUACACUGUCCUCUGUGGAACUCUUGCAAGAUUCACACCACAUCACAAUUUCCUUCUGAUACAGUAUGGCUCCAGGUUGUCCAGCCAGGUCAGUCUGAUGCUUCUCCUGGUUUAUAUAUAUUUACAAACUAUCAUCGAUACAUCAUUAAUGCGGGUGAAAAUACAUUAAGGAAUUUUCGCAUGGGUGGAUUACCAUCAAAGGGACUUGACAAGAUGUUCAUGACUGGCUCAACAAUCAAUCACAUUGGUGGUCUGACGAACAUGCUUCUAGCGACGCAGAAUGAUGGCUUUUCGGUCGAUAAACUUGUCGAUGUCUACGGUCCACCGAAUUUGGAUGCAUUCUUACAAACAAUACAGAAAUCUUUCCAGUACAUGAGUAAGUUCGAGUUUGUAAAACUUCACCAGAUUGAGGAACGAAUAAAUUGGCUGGAAAUUGCGAGUGAUAAUAAUUUUCAAAUUUUCGCCUUUGCUACAAGCGAUUGUUCGCAAGAGAACGGUCGGACGAUUUUCCCAAAUCUUGCCGUUUCUUACGCGUUUUUAUUACAAGAACCGCUACGAAGAGUUCGCAUGGAUGUAGCAGAAAAUCUUGGCCUGGCACAGGACGUUUUGAGAAAUGCUAUGUCAAAGUGUCAAAUGGGAUAUUCUGUUGAUUUACCUUGUGGAACACAGAUCAAUCGACAAUCAUUUGUUGUCAUAGAUUGUCCAUCAAAACAAGUCCUCAACAAAUUAUCUUCUUUCAUCUCACGUGAUUUCUUCUCAAGUGAUUUGCACACUCACGUGGACAUAGUAAUUCACAUGACCGGAAAAGAUAUAGCAAAUUCCAUGGAAUACAAAUCUUGGAUGACAACGUUUCACCCAGAAACGAAACAUCUUAUGAUGAAUGAUCACGUGGUUGAAAGACCAGCUUUCACCGUCUUUGAUGAAGUUUAUGAUAGGUUAAAUAAACUUCACGUGAACAUUUUCCCGCCGCUGUACUAUUCAUUGUUUAUGGAUAAAAUUCAUUCUGGUUUUAAAGAUUUUCCUGAGGGUUCUGUCCAUUUUGCUGCUCCGACUUUGAGGUAUAAUUUUCGGCCAAUACCUUUGAAGGCUUUGAACAAAACUUGGUGGCUGUAAAAGCUGUAAAUGAAAAAGUACUGUCGGCAAAUGGAAGUCGUUCAAAUGUGUUCGCAAGCUCUACGUUGAGCAACGAUUUUCAGGUUGUUU